GGGUGUGACAGAAAAGCGACAGCGAGCUGCACGCGCGAAACCCAGCACUCAUUCUGCACGAGCUCCUUCUCUACUCCUCAAACUUGGAGAUCACUUCUUUACUUGAGGUCACUUUGUUUUAAACUUUUUUCUUACUUUCGUAAUUUUUUUCCCCACUGUUUAUAAAUGCAUUUCCUAUGCAGAAAAAAGUGUUUUUGAUUUUCCUGAACAUCAAGACAUCAGACAGUUGAACACAGUUCUACCUCUAAUGCAGGGAUUCAAGGUGAUAUUUAACUAAAAGUGCUGGAACACCCUGGCCCUUCUGGUGUUUCUUCCCCAAACAGCUACGGGAGUACAAACGCAGAUGUCUGAGAAGCUAUGUGUGAUAACACCGCUGCUGCUGGUGUGUGUGUGGCUCGUGUGUGCUCAGCCAGUGUCCAGCAGCAACCGAAGCUCUAGAGGACAUCCAGGUGGAGUAAAACCUGCGGCAUGUGAGGUGGUGGCUGCCCAUCGUUGCUGCAAUAAGAAUAAGAUUGAGGAAAGAUCUCAAACAGUCAAAUGCUCAUGCCUCACAGGACAGGUGGCAGGAACAACCCAUGCACAACCGUCAUGUGUGGACGCAUCUAUUGUGCAGCUCAAGUGGUGGUGUCAGAUGGAGCCUUGCUUGGAGGGUGAGGAAUGUAAAGUUCUUCCUGACCUCAAUGGCUGGUCGUGCAUCUCUGGGAACAAAGUGAAGAUCACCAAAGUGAGCAGGCCACCGAGACCCGCAAAAUAGAAUCCGGGCAUCAAUAAGAAGUCUCAUCUGGCUCAGCUUUUCAGCACUGUAGCAGUAAUGUACAACAAUGUCUGGUGUCUAAGAAAUCCAGUCUUGACCCCAAUUGCUGGAUUCCUGCUCUUAGCCAGCCUGUAAAUGUUAGUGGCUGCAGGUGUGGAGAUGGAUAUUACGCCCACGGCUGCUGGGAUUUCUUUCUGAUAUGGUUAUUGGUACUACACUUGCACUAAACAUCUGAUUCUCUCUUGUCCUCUCCUAUCUUGUUUUGCACAGGUGACACAAUGACACUAUAGCGCGAUACGUACGUUUUGACAUCACACUUUAAGGAAGGUGCCGAAAUUUGUAAUGUGGUGUUACUACAAUCCUCUACAGCUACAAGUGUUGAGAGUACCCAAAUGUAUGCAAACAAGAGGAUGUGUGAAGCGUAUUUACAUGCAUUAUAUACGAGUUCACUUUCUCUCUGUGGGUAAUGAACCUGUUCCUCUUGUUUUAUCUUUCAGCAAUUAUGAGGAGGGAUUUUAAUGCAAACCCUGUUUAGUUUAUCGUCUUCAAAAUGUUUUCACCAUUCACAGAAAUCCAACAAUCUUACUAAAGACCUUUUUUAUGUAAAUAAAUUUUAUGACAUUCAUUGCUGAGUAUUACAGGCUCGCCAGACUUCCUGCAGAGUUCAUGUCACUAAGUCAUUUAUGUUGUCAUCUCAAAGUUACAUUCUUGUAUUAUUCCCUUCUCGCACUCUGCCAUAAGCAUAGUAAUACUAUUCUUGCAGUUGACAUUUCAGACCAUACUGAAACUUACACACGCCCGCACACAUACACAGUCUGCUGGAGCCUGAAUUAUGUCCACUCUGACACUGGUGUAAAGUCCCAGCAGAGCUCCCUGCCUCUGACAGGCUGAGAGAAACAUGAAAAUAUUCAAAUAAUGCCCUAACACACAUGCACACACUCACCCACUUGCCGGCCCCAUUUAUUUUCCAUCUGACUGGUUUGACACACCGCCUGCAAGCCUGUAGAGACAACUAUAGAGCUCUGUAUGGCAGAGAUCGAGAUUUUUCAAUACAUUUUCCUAUUAAUUUUAUACUGUAAUAUUGUUCAUGUUUGUUUAAACCUAAUUUUGAUGACCGUUAAAAAUAGCUGAAAUAAAUGAACCUCC